AUGACUGCGCGAUUGCUUCAUCCCGAUGAGUGGGAACUGGCCUCACGAUCAUCAGUGGACUCUCAGGGGACGUUCAACCUCGACGAGGACGAUUUCGAAUCCCAGAUCCCUACAUCCGCGAAAUUCGGCCAACGUCGACUGCCUUGGCUAUCCCGAAUCUAUACUGCCGCGUCAGCGGGUUAUCGCCGCUUGAAUAAUAAGUCUAGACCGGCCCUCGCAGGGACUCCACGACCGAGCUGCUCUCGACGUUUCAUCAUCCGCCGCUUUUGCUACAUCCACGUCCUUGCCGGCAUCAUUUUUACUCUAGUACUGCUCACCUCCAUGUUCUUCCCGUCCUAUACCCACCUGCCGGCGCAUUACUCAGCAUUCCGCGAAUCGGUGCUCGAGAGCUCGUAUCCUGGACGAGGCAAUCCUCGCCAGGAGAAAGUCUUCAUCGCAGCAAGUCUAUAUGACAGCGGGGGCAAACUCGCCCAGGGGCAAUGGGGAACACAGCUUCUGCAGCUGAUUGACCUGCUCGGGCCUGACAAUGUAUUCCUGAGCAUCUAUGAGAAUGACAGCGGCGAGGAGGGAGAGCGUGCGCUGCGCGCAUUAGAGGAACAAGUGCCAUGCCAGAAGUCUAUCGUCAUCGAUAAGCAUUUGGAUCCGAAGAGUAUCCCCACCGUAACCAUUCCCGGCGGAAGCAAGCGCGUCAAGCGCAUUGAAUAUCUGGCCCAGGUACGGAACCGAGCGCUGCAGCCAUUGACGGACCACCCGGAUAUGAAAUUCGACAAACUCCUCUAUCUGAACGACAUCCUAUUCCAUCCUAUGGAGACCCUCCACCUCCUUUUCUCCACCAACGCCAAUGCGGACGGCGUUGCGCAAUACCGCGCAGCCUGUGCCGUCGACUUCGACAAUCCCAUCAAAUUCUACGACACAUAUGCGACCCGUGAUCUGGAAGGAUACAGCAUGGGUCUUCCCUUCUAUCCAUGGUUCACCACAUCCGGCAAAGGCGAAAGCCGAAGCGAUGUGCUGGCCGGGAAAGACGCUGUGCGAGUGCGCAGCUGCUGGGGUGGAAUGGUGGCCUUCGAUGCCAAAUACUUCCAAGCCAGUGUGCCACCUACGAGUCCUAAUCCGGUCCGCUUCCGUGCCGGGAAGGAUCUCUUCUGGGAGGCAUCUGAAUGCUGUCUCAUUCACGCGGACAUCCAAGACCGGCAAACUAAACCCGACGAGAUCACCGAUACAGGCAUCUACAUGAACCCGUUCGUACGGACCGCUUAUGACCACCGCACUCUCUCGUGGUUAGGUAUUACCCGACGCUUUGAGGGGUUGUACUCGUUCCUGCACAAUUUGGGCAAUCACCUCGUUGGUCUGCCUUGGCACAACCCCCGUCGUGCGGAAAUUCCUGGUCAAACUGUGCAGGAGAAGGUGUGGGUUUCAGAUGGUACGAAGGAGGGUGGUGGCUCUUUCCAGGUCGUUGACCGGAUCGCGGGCAAUGAUGGUUAUUGUGGCCGUCGUGGCCUUCAGGUCAUUGUUGAAGACCGCAAGCCUGGACAGAAAGGAUUUGAGAAUAUUCCUGUUCCGUCAUAA